CAGGCUUUAUGAAUGUUGCUGAUGUAGAAUUUGAUAGGCUGAUUGAAGAAGCAAGGAGAGAACUAUCUGAAUUUGACAGCUACUUUAAUCAGGUUCGUGUUUAUGCAAGAAAAAUCAGUUAG